AUGGCUUCUCAGAACUGGCGCUCUGCCAUAGGCGGCGCUGUUCUUCUGUCUACUCCCGUCCAGGCGAUCCUCCGAUCCUACGGCUUGAGCCUCGACAAAGUUGGCUCAUACACAGUCACCUACUUCAAAAACAAGUCCAGAACGGUGCGCGUCAAGCUACCGUUUAAUCCUGCUGUCGAGCAGCGGAUGGGUAUCAAAGGCUGGCAUUACAGGGUGCUUCGUUCCUCCAACUUCAAAAAGAUGCUCGUCCUUGUCCCCGAUGGUGUAAUCACCGCGGUCCAUGAGUUUAUAUAUUAUACUGAGACUGAAAAUGAUAUCGAACUCCACUUUGGAAACGGAUACCAACGUAAGGUCGAUAUCCUCGUCGGCGCAGAUGGUAAUCGAUCAAAGGUUUCACAACAGGCUUUUGGCGACCCUCACCUAUUUCACACCGGAAUUCGUCUUUGGCUCGCCUGGUGCGAUUACAUUCCCGAUAUCCCUCCCAAUUAUGGUGUUGUUUCUCAUGACUACCAGCACCAAACCAGCUUUUUUCCAAUGCUGCAUGUGGGGAAGUCCAGGUUUGAGUGGUGGGUAGUAGAGCCGUCUUGGGAGGGGAAGCCUGUCCCGGAAGACCCAAAGGCAUAUCUUAUGGAAAUUUUAGAAGACUGGGCACAGCCAAUGCCUCGUUCUCUAGUGGCCACUAACUUUGACAGGCAGAUUUAUUGCUGGGAAAUCUAUAAUUGA